UCCUGUAGAAAGGGCACAUGACUUUUUAUUUACAUUUUUCUAAUAAACAGUCAACAUGUAUAUUUUCAUCUUGAUAGCCUCAAAUAUUUUAGCUAUUGUUGUUGUCAUUUACAUAUUUGUGAUCAUCCCAUGGCUAAACCGAAGAAAAAUACAUGCAGAGCCGGCACAAGUGGUUGGAGAUGUGGACGGACUGGAUAUAUUAAAGAUGAUAAACUUGAGAAAAAUUUUGCCGGUUGGGUUGUCCAGUGGUUGGAGGUUGUGUGGAUGUGUGUUUGGUACAAGAAGCUGGAAAAAGCAACUGACCAAUGGGACUGGUGUUGCGAGAAAUCUCAGAGGCACACAGGAUACAUCAGAUCUCUAUGCUGCCUUUAAGACAAUCCAUGUCUCACCACAGGUUGUGUUAAACACUAUCAAAGAUCCCACCAAGAUUCAGCAAUGGAACCAGGAUGUAGUAGACAUCACUCAAGUCACCAUAGCAACCAGUACACAAACAAAGAAUGAAGGUCCAACAGAGCAUGGCCUACCAGGAAUUUACUCCGACUCUGUGGGUUUGGAAUGUGAGAUUGGAUCCAAAGGCAAGCAUGCACACAUGUACCAUACAAGAUUUAAAAGGUACUGGUACAGAGAGAUGAAUGGUUGUUGCUGGUUUCUAGAGGUUUCAAAUGACAAUGGGGAGUGGGCAUACUACCUAGCACAGCCUGUACAAGAGCUUAACCAGUGUAUGUUGACAGUUGUGAUGCAUCCUGGUUGCACGAGAGUUCCUCCUUUAUCAGACCUGCCAUCAUCACGUCUUGCCUCACUCCAUGACUACCUCCUUCACAGGAGAGUUCAGUCAACCCCACUACGUACCAUCACUCUUCCAAGCAAUAUAAAACAAAUGCAACAGACUGACUCAUCAAAACAUUCAUGCAAAUCAGUUUCAAAACGAGAACUAAGAGAUUCUAAUAUUAUAUUACAGUAUAAGGAGGGAGUGCCAUCUAUUGCAGAGUCCACUGAUUCUAGCUCAAGUUCAUUGGAUUCAAUGCAGCAUUGUAACAUUUCAAAUAAAUCUACAAAGUCAAACUCAUUGCAGUCACAAAAUACAAAAAUACAAUCAAAAAGCUCUGAUAUUCUAAACACAGGAUCAUCUCCAAGUAAUCCAGAUUCCAACAAAGAACGUUUAAAUGAACAGAAUCCAAGUGCCCGUGCUAUCCAGCAAGCUUUAAGGAAGCUUAACAUAUCCAGUGAUACUCAAGUCCAAGGUGCUAAUACAAGAGGGGGCAGGGGUGAUGUUGUGCCAAGGGGAAGGUCCAAAUCUGAUACAGCCGUGUCACAACACAAAGGAUUGAAUACUUGGACAGAUGAUGAGGUAGAUGAACAGAGAUACAGGUUGCUAGGCAACAAUGGUGAUGGAGUAGUGCUGGAAGAGGUAGUGCAUGUAUCAAACAUAGAUGUCAGCAAGCCAUGGCAACAACAGGCUGAAAAUACAGGGGGCUGGGUGUUUUGUGGCAUCGACAAAGACGUAGUUGUCCUGAAGAAACUAUAUGAGGAGGGUGGGCCUAAACAGAGCUACCUUGGAAAGGGCAUUGUGCCUGUAACUCCUCAGAUACUGUUUGACACCAUACGCAAUCCUCGUACACGCUUCACAUAUGAUGACAUGUUAAAACAGCUUGAUGUCAUACAUGAUUUUGGAAAUGGACUGAAAAUAUUGUACUGCUACUUUGAGGUGCCCCAGAUGUUCCGCAAGGAGGGCAUUGACUGUUACCUUCUCCAGUCUGAGCGUGUGGAUAACCAGCGUUACAUCCUCAGUCUACAGUCAAUUGACUGGCCCCAUGACACACAGAAUAAUGCAACAAGGCAGCCAGACACCUUACGGUCUACUAUCUUGCCCUGUGGCUGGCUGAUAGAGUCUGCUGUAAAGAAGAAGACUGGGAGACUUCAGUCAAUGGUGACCUACUUUAUACAGAUGGAGUUGAAUGACAGCAAAGAGGGAAGUGGCUCCGUAGUAGAAGAGCUAGUAUCCAAACAACCCUUUGCCAUAUCACAAUUGAGACAAUAUUUAGCGCCAUCUGCCUAUGUAUCCAGGUCAAGGUCAACAUCACAGGAGGAUGUUUGAACUCCCCAUGUUGUAGAUAUGAUAAGUUAAUGGAGCUUCCUAAUGAUUCAUUACUCAAUGGUGGAAGGGUGGAACUUUCUUUUGAUAUCAUUAUUAUAAAUUGAUCAUAGUGCCUAUAUCUUACAGCAUUACAUACCUAGCGAAACAUUUGUAUGGGAG